AUGGUGAUUGGAUCAUCCUCUUUUUCGUCUUCUCCUUCCUGGAAUAGAUCUGUGAAUAUUCUUGUGAAUUCUUGCAGAACCACCUCUUCACAGAGGUGGUACCAACUAUCAAGGCUUCAUUCCAUCUUCUUUUUAGUCUUCUUUAUUGUCUAUGUGCUCUCUAUCACUUCCUCUGCAGCUCAAAUCUCCUACAGUGAUCAGUGCUCUUCCGUUGUCCCAGAAUUGCCCCCAACCAUACAGGAGUUCAUCACCUUACCAUUUUCUCGCAUACCAAAUGGCUACUGUAUUGGAGGUGAUAGAAUUAUAAACCAGGAUCCAUAUCACUACUCUGCAAACUUCUCUAAAGUAAUAACAUUUGAGACCCGAAAUAUAUAUAGAACUGAGGUAGAAAGUGUGUUCAAGGUUGAGGGGAUUUUGAACCUCCUAAGCAGGAACAUGUACUAUUCUGGGGGAGAUUCAGGAGAUGGACGAUCAUCCAAUUUCCAGGCCAUCCCUCCAAGCUCCUGGGUUGGUUCUGUGAGCUUUGGCCUAGAAGGGUUCUGGUCGAAAUCUUCUGGCAAGCUUUGCAUGGUGGGAUCAGGUUCUGCAUACUCCAGUGAAGGUAAGUUGCUUAAUCUUGCUGCUAUCCUUAAGCUCAGUAAUGUAAAAAAUUCUAGUACUGUUACCGAUUUGUUCAGUGGUACUCUGGAGAGCUUGGAUUUGACCGGUGAUUCCAAUUAUUUUGAACCAAUUUCCAUAUUGGUAUUUCCUCAAAUGAACUAUGAUUACACUUCGAUUUCCGAAGAGAGUGGUACUGGGUGUCCUGGAGAGACUAAUGUUCCGGAGGGUUCAUCACUUAGUGCAGGGUCAAUUUGGAAGAUCUAUUCAAUACUCUCAACGCCAAGCAAUUGGCUUGAGUUGGAGUAUGACCAUGACUGCAAUUCUUUACAGAAUUGCACUCCCUUUGGUGGGGCGAUUCAAUAUUUGCCCCGUAUCAUAGCCACAAAAGGAAUUAAGUGUUCAGGGGCUAAACAACAGUUGCAACUUCUGAUAAAAUUUCAGAACGUUGGAAAACUUGAGUAUUACCGACCUUUUAAUCCAAGCACCACAUUGGUUGGAGAGGGACGGUGGGAUGACAAGAGGAAUAGGCUAUGUGUCGUUGCUUGCCGAAUCUUGAACACUACGGAUUCUCUGGCUAAUGCUCGGGUUGGGGAUUGUUCAAUCAGGUUGAGUUUGAGAUUCCCUGCAACCUGGACAAUCAGAAACAGAAGUAGCAUGGUGGGACAGAUUUGGAGCAACAGAACGGUGAAUGAUUCAGAGUACUUCAGUAGGAUCAUGUUUCAAAGUCCCCAGAAUAUUAUAGAGGUUCCAGGCUUGAAAUAUGAAUAUACUGAGAUUGACAGAGCAGGAAAAUCAUGCCAAGAAAAGAUGCCUGUUGGAAACAAGGGGACAGCAUACCCAGAAGCGAAUUCUUUUGAUAUGCAAUUCGACAUGUCGGUUAAAAGCUCUACAGAGAUAAUUGCAUGGGGUUCCUCAGCCCCCCUCUUUGUGGGUGAAAUUUUUUAUGACCCUUUGGUUAGCUUUGAACCAUUCUCCCUAUCAAGCUCAAUGCAAGAAAAUUCUGCAGUUGAAUCACACAGCAGACGGAUUGGUCCAGAGAAUAUUAGCUACAAGAUGAGCUUCAAAUUGAAACCUGGGCCUGAAUCUGAUGGUAUCAUCAAUCCAUUUAGUUCUUCUUCUUCAGGUAUGUAUCUGCAAGUAGAGAUUUCUGCUGAGGGGAUUUAUGAGGCUAAAACAGGAUUUCUGUGUAUGGUAGGCUGCAGAAAGCUGAGGUCAGAGAUUCAGAUAUUGACAAACGACUCCAUGGAUUGUGAGAUUCUUCUGAGCCUCCUCUUCUCUCCAUUGAACUCCAGGAAUGGAAGUUACAUCAAGGGAAGUAUCGAAAGCACACGACAUGAAUCUGAUCCUCUUCACUUCCCAAGUCUGGCCUUGAGGAAGGAGGAAUCACUACUACGCGUUGAUCGAGAUUCCGUUGCUGGUGACUACUAUUGUAGCAGGGGAAUUUUGCCAUCAACAUUGUCUUCAGCUGCUUUCACUGUGGUGGAAGCCAGAAAGUCCAUUUGGAGGAUGACUAUGGAGAUCACCAUGGUUCUAAUGUCUAACACCCUUACCUUUUUCUUUGUGAGCCUGCAACUCUUUCAUGUGAAAAAGCAGCCCAAUCUUCUGCCUUCCAUCUCACUGAUCAUGCUUGGAAUUCUUGGUCUCGGGUAUUUGAUCCCUCUUGCACUAGACUUCAAUGCCAUACUCCUCGGAAGCCAUAGUCAUGAGAGGAUUGCGCUCGGAAGGGGCGGAUGGCUUAAAGUGAACAAUGUGUUUGUGAGGGUAGUGACUCUGGUAGUUUUCCUGCUCCAAUGCCGGCUUCUCCUGCUCGCAUGGUCAGCUAGAUUAGGCCAUGGAGACCAAAAGAGGUUGUGGGCUGCUGAGAGGAAUGGUCUGUAUGUGUCUUUGCCAUUAUAUGUAGCUGGGUUCUUAAUCAUUUGGUUGCUAAAUUACCAGCAACAUUCCCUUUGGUGGGGCUUGGGAUCUUAUGCUGGGUUGGUGGUUGAUGGCUUCCUUUUCCCUCAGAUUCUGUUCAAUGUGUUCAUGAACUCAGGAGAUCAACAAGUUCUUUCUCAGUCUUUUUAUAUGGGAACCACUUUAAUCAGGCUGCUCCCUCAUGCCUAUGACCUUUACAGGGCUCAGAACUAUGCUCAGGGCUUUGAUGGGUCAUACAUAUAUGCAAAUCCUGGCGGAGACUUUUACUCAACAGCUUGGGAUGUCAUCAUUCCUUGUGCGGGUCUGCUGUUUUCUGCUAUCAUUUUCUUGCAGCAGCGGUUUGGUGGUGGUUGUAUCAUUUCCAAGAGAUUCAGGGAGUCGGAAGCUGCAUAUAAGAUGAUACCAGUGGUUACUGGUGAGAUAGCCAUGUGA